AUGGGCUCGAUACCCGGAACCUUUUUCUUAGAAGACUCGGCUCGUCACCGAGCCGAGUUGACGACGAGACAGACGGGCUAUGAUUCCCGCCACGCCUACCGACACAAACACCACUUCCACCAGCACAACUUCGUCCUUGGCCUCCUCACCACUCUCCUCGCCUGGCCUUCGGAACGCGCCCCGCGGCCUCGCUGGCGCAAGCGGUCUUUCUUCCCGCUCGCCGCCCAGUUCACCACCAACGCCGCCCUCGCCGGUAGAGACAGCAUCAGCCGCGGCGUCGACAGGGGCUCCCGUCGAAGACAAGGCAACGUCGCCAGCAGGCGCAGGCACCCCAGGGCUUGCACCCGCAGCAAAAGCCUCACUACUCCCGGCCGCAUCGCCAUCGUCCUCGCCGUUCUCAGCAUCCUCGCCUCUCUCGCCCCGCGCCGCCUCCACCUCUCCUCACCCCUCAUCGUUUCGAGCCCGUCGCGCAUCGCCCUCGCCCGCCGUAUCCAGGCUCUCGUCCCCAGUCUGGACUCGCGUAUUCUCGAUUCAGCCGUGGUCAACGUGCCUGCUCGCGUUGUCGACGACGCCCUCGACCGCAUCUCGGGCCGCGACGUAGUCAUCAGCGUCGGCGGGGCAUCAGCCGUCGGUCUCGCCAAGGCAAUCGGUGGUCGCAAGGGCAUUCCUCACAUCUGCAUCCCCACGACGUACAGUGGCUCUGAGAUGAUGCCCCUACUCCUUGACACGGUCAGCAACAUGAGCACUGUCCGCGACCCCAAGAUUUUACCCACUGUCAUCAUCUACGACGAGGAGCUCACCAUGAGCCCUCUGAAGAGGUUUUCUGCUCCCUCGGACUCUGCCGCCAUGGCCCGGUCCACUGAGUUGCGAGCAUGUCCCUCCAAGGGCGACGAGACUGCUCAGUGGAGCUAUAUCCAUCUGCCAGGUGUUUAG